CACCAACGUCUCAAAGCCAAAGGGCGCUCCCGUCCUUUCGCCCCGUCUCAGUCCCCCUGCGCCUGGGGUUUCCUCCUUCCACUCGAAGUCAGCCUCCGCUCUCCUCUUCUACUCCCCAGUCCCAGUCCCACUCCCAUCCCGCCUCCCCUCCCGGCUCCGACUCCCGUCCCCGUCCCCGCCCCGCCCCGCCCCCAGAGGAUCGCCACCGCCCCGCACGAGGACCGCCACGUCGCCGCACGCGGCCGCGAGGGAGGGCAUUGGCGGCGCCGCUUCGGUGCGAUUUAGGGCUGCUUGCCUGCCUGCCUGCCCGCCUGUCCUCGGUGGUCUGCUCGUGCCCGGCGGCCGGCGGGAUGUUCUACUCCAAGAAGAUGCUGUCCAGGAAGGGCCCGCUGGGGGCGGUGUGGGUGGCGGGCGUCUGCGGCGUGGCGGCGCUCACCAGGGACCAGGUCCUGCGCACCGACGUCGCCUCCUCCGUCGACAAGAUUUUGCCCGAUGUUGAAACCACAUACAGAAUACUUGGGCUGCUUAUGCUUGGCAUUGUUAGGAUUCACUCCAAGAAGGUGGACUACCUCUGCUAUGACAGCAAUCAAUUUUUUGAAUCAACUGUAAGAGCGAAGAAAGUUCUAAAGCGAGGGAAGAAAGGCGUUUGUGCAAAAAGGUUGGUGCUAGACCAAGAAGACACUAGAAGAGCGAAAAGAGUUGCGGUAGUUCAAGUCCCAGAAGUGGAUGAACUAGCUGAUCUUCCACCAAUCUUCACCAUACCCAAAAGAUUCGAGCUUGACUGUUUUGAUUUGCAGAUCGCUGAAGACAGAGAGGAUGACAAUGAUGAUCAUCACCAAUUGCCACGUCAAGAAACUUUGUUGGAAGAUGAACAUCAUCAUAUGCCAAAUUUGUACGAGUCUUAUCCGAUGAUGCCAUAUGCUGAUCUGGACUCUGCUUACGUUGUGCCAGUAUGCAUGAUCCCAACUGAAAUGAUCAGUGUCAAUGAUGAAGUCACCGAUCUUCUGUACUCAAGUCACAUGGACGAUGAACUUGAAAAUACCAAUCAGAAUGCUGGUCCUGCUUGCUUUACACCAGUGAAGGAUGUUCUUCCACCUGAGGCGAUGGAUAUGAUGGCUGAAGUAAGUGGCCUUCCAGAGAAAAGCGAAGAGGUGAAGAAAGCUAGAAGAGAAGUGAAUGGUGAAGAGAAUGGCGAUCCUGCUUGUUCCACCCCUUUGCGAGAAAGUCAAGAAAUGCAAGGACCUGCUGUGAAUGCUGUGGAGAAUGUGGUGUGUGCAGAUCUUGAUGAUAAUCAUCCUGUGGUCGAACAAUCAGAAACUGGGUUAGCUGUAGGAAAACCGAACACAACAACAUCUGUAGAAAUUCCUGACAUCGAGGAACAAGAGUCACUGGAACCAUUGACUCCAGAGCCCUUGCGAGAGGGAGUCUCAGGGUUACUAGAAAAAUUUAUGGUUGCAACACCUGCUCAAAAUGAGAAGCGCCAGGUUACCAGAAAAAGGAGGAAGGGGUUCCAGGAUGCAUACGAGCACAAUAAGAGAAGAGUUUGGGUAGUGUGGGAUGAUAAGGUCCUCCUUGAUAAUGACACGAUGAGAGAAAUGGUAGAUGGUGUUGGUUUAGAGGAUCUAGUCUGCAAAAGAAGGAAGGCUCCUCACACUCGCCAUCAGAUUUGGAGGGACCCAAUAUUUCGUUCUCUGCCGGAUACUUUCAUGGAGCCAAUUAUUCAAUAUUCGACUACAGUGCGCCUUAAUUCUACUACAGCUGGUGCCUCAUGCGGGGAAUCCGUUAAAGCAAAGAAGUGUCUUUCAUAUGAACCUGCUGAAUCCAGCAAUCCCCACAAGGAAGCUGCAAAUGAAGAAAGGGAAUGUGUCCCAGAUGAAGUGAUAAAUGGCAUCUGGACUCCUGUUGGGUGCUACAAUCAAACUCAGCAAAGUCAAGAUGCUUGUGAGUGCAAUGAUGAUACACCCUAUGAGAAGAACAGCACAUUAGUCAAUGGAAAUGAACCAGGGUUGCCAGAAGAGAGAUUGUAUGAAUCAACCAGUCAUAGUGCAUUGCGCAAUGAAUCGUUGACUGCUGAUAUAGAUGCGGAUAUUCCUAUGGAUGAAGAGCAUGCCGCCAGAGAUGAAGAUUUCCCGCUUUCAACAAGAACUAGGGCAGUAGCAAAGUGCCUCCAUCAGCUAUUCUUGGACCAGAAGUGCCAGCAGCAAACUGAUGUCCCCGUGACGCUCGGCCAAGCCCUCGAAGGCAGCAAGAGGAAAACCACAGCAAGAUUCUUCUAUGAAACUCUGAUCCUCACGAGCCGUGGGUUGAUAGACGUGAAUCAGGAGAAGCCCUAUGAGAACAUCACAAUCUCUGCGACCCCACAACUCGACGCGGUGCUGCAGAAUCCAGUGCCCCCUUCAACUUCUUAGCAGCGGCAUGUCCCGUAGGUGGGUAGUUUUAGGACAAGAGGACUGGAAGUUUCAGAUUUAUGCUAUAUCCCGUAGCAUCAUCUCGAGGGUAUGUACUGGUGGCAGGCCAGUUGUAUAUAUGGAUCGUUCAUUCGUUUGUUGGUAUGGGCCAGGCUUAUGUAGAGAGAGUAAUAGGAUGCUGGUCGGUUAAGUUAACGACAUGCCUUAGGUUGCAAGAGUUUCUUGCUGGUCGCAUGCGGGAUGUAAGUUAGCUGAUGAGGAGGUGGUGUUUAUUCAGAUUGCAGUUUCUUGCCGGUUGCAUGUUGAAUGCUGAUGGUGUCUGCCAAUGAGUAGAAAUAGCAGGCAAACACUCUUGCCUGCUUUGAUUGA